AUGGCCGACGACAAAUCCACCGAAUACGUCACCCUCGUCUCAAACGACGGCUUUGAGUUCAAGAUCCUCCGCUCAGCAGCUUGUAUAGCGGGAACGAUCAAGAAAGCACUGGAUCCACUUUCUGGCUUUCGGGAAAACGCACAGAAUCGCGUUGACCUGCCUACGAUCAAUGGUGUGGUGCUAGAGAAGGUCUGCGAGUACCUCUACUACAACCAGAAGCACGCGGAAAGCAAAGACGUGUCGGAUAUGGACAUCCCGCCCGAGCUUUGUUUAGAGUUGUUGAUUGCAGCGGAUUAUCUUGAUGUGUGA